AUGAAAUUUGAGUGUUCCUCAGCUGUCAUCAUCUCUCUUAAUACUCCCGCAUUUUCUGUUCUUCUGAAAGCUCAGGAUUUUGAGCAUUAUGCAUGCUACAGAAAUACAGUAAUCCGUAUAAAUCUGGACUUCAUGGCGGCAAUGGAAACGGCGGGGCAACGGAGGCGACUAAACUUGUAUUCUUUCAUAGUUGCAGCCGUGGUUUCCGUUGCAGUCGUUGUCUCCGUUGCCUCCGUGGUCGCCACUUUUGCAGAGCGUAGAAGUAUUAAGAGCAUUUUUAUAUCAAAACAUCCAAACUCUGUGCUUAUUGUGGAUAAAGUUGAUGGCAUGUCCGCAAACCUACAAGGCAGCAGCAGGAGGGAAUUAAGUUAGAGGGCGAGUGGUCCGAAAUGCCCUGUUACUGGAAAGAGGAUUCAAGGGGUACGUAUUAAGCAAACCUAUGUUUGAUAUUCGGAUCUUAUGAAAAAUCUUUUCUUCGAUCUGGUUAUAACCAUCACGAAUCGUUAUGUUUGAAGCUAUAAGACUGUUGUAGGUAUUCUGUUUUGUUAAACUGAAAUCAGAUUGAUUCUUAAUAAUGUGCUGAAAUUGUGAAUGACCUUAGUAUUUGAAGGUU